AUGUUUUCAGAGUUGACGUGGCGCGUGCUCGGAAUUUAUCUGUUUGUUUCGUUUGGGUCUUUUAACUUUGGCUUUGACAUUGCUUGGUGGUCCUCCUGCCUAGGCCUGCAAGAGUUUGCAGAUAACUAUGGCGUUUCACCUGGCCCUGGAAAGGCUAAGGUUAUACCUGCGUCAUGGCAGUCUGCGGGUACUGGUACGCCCAGUGCGGGUAUGGCGAUCGGCUGUAUUGCCGCUGGCUACUGCAAUGCCUACAUAGGACGGAAAAAAACGAUUGUCGUAUUAUCUGUUAUCUCAAUCAUUGGUGUGGUGAUUCAGUGCGCUGUUCCUUCAUACUGGGGCUUGAUUGUUGGUCGUACCAUCAACGGCAUCUCAAUGGGAAUGGAAGCCAAUGUUAUUCCGACUUACAGCGCCGAGCUAGCUCCCCCAGCCAUUCGGGGUUCUCUCGUGAAUUUCUACCAGUGGUGGCAGAUCGUUGGCAACAUCAUAUCUGCUAGCUGCAUCUACGGCACUUCAAAGCAUCUAACAGGACAGUGGCAGUACAAACCCGUCAUGAUUGCGCAGGCUUCCGUGCCAUUAAUCCUUAUCUGUGGUGUAUGGUUCAUGCCUGAAUCACCAAGAUGGCUACUGAUGAAGAAUCGCCAUGAGGACGCCAAAUCAGCCCUAGCCUCUUUUCGUAAAGGCAAAGCUAGCCCUUCUGAUGUUUCACUUGAGCUUUCUCUCAUCCAAACCGCGUUGGAGGAACAACGAGAGCUGGCAGCAACUACCACCUAUCUUGACUGCUUCCGUGGCUCCAACCUUCGCCGGACGUUGAUUGCAGUCGUUGUUCAACUAAUGCAACAAAUCCAAGGCAAUUCUUUCAUGAACAACUACCUUGUGGUUUUUUUGGAACGCAUUGGCAUUCAGAAUGGCCUACAAAUCUAUAUUGCCCAGAACGCCACGCAGCUUGGUGGCAUUACUCUAGCCUUCUACUUCACCGAUAAAAUAGGCCGGCGUCCUAUCUUAAUUAUGUCUUCUUUCUUCAUGGCCCUUCUUAUGUGGGUUGUCGCCGGUCUUGGUGCGUACACUGACGUCCAUGGCCCUAAAGCUGAAGGAUGCGUUGCUGCCAUCUUAAUAUAUCAAGCAAUUGCGGGAGGCUGCUGGGGCAGCUGUACCUGGAUUACUACUUCAGAGGUAGCUGCCGCAGCAGUCAGAGAGAAGACGAUCAUGACAGCAACUUUUGUCAGUUUCUGCAUGGUCCUCCUGAUCACCUAUAUCAAUCCUUACGUGCAGGACCCUGGUUAUGGGAACCUUGGGGCUCGCAUCGGCUUUGUGUACGGUGGAUGCUCACUCCUAGCACUUCUGUGGGCAUUCUUCUUUCUGCCAGAAUUGAAAGGCAGAAGUCUGGAGGAGUUGGAUGAAAUGUUCGCUCUCAAAUUGCCGACUAGGAAAUUCCGCGGAUACACAUCAACUGGAAUUGGGGCCAAUGUCACGAAGGUACACAAUACAAAUGCGGGUGCCAAUAUAAAUAGGGAAUUGCUACUCCCACCACCCCUGCCUUAG